UCAGGAGUGACCUUUUUCUUCAUCUAACAGAGAGGCCUUCGGAAGCCAUCGCCACCACACCCGCCGCGGCGUGAUGUCUGUGUCCGUCACCGCCGCCGCGCCGGCCUCCACCUCCGGCGCCCCGCUCGCGCCUCUCAUCGCCGCGCAGCUCAACUACCUCCUCUCCCACUCCAAGCUCCCCUUCAGGGUGGGGCAGAUCUGGUCCGGCUGCCGCGACGGCCGCUACGCCGAUCGCUUCACGCUCGGGAUCCCCUUCUGCCUCGACUACGUCCACUGGGAUUUCGUGUACAAUGCACUGUACCCCAAGGUGGCGCCCGACGUGGUGUUCGGGCCGGAGGACGAGGGGUUCCAGCCGCUGGUCGAUUAUGUUGAGGCUGGAAAUGGUGAUAAGAGUUGCUUGGCGCGUUGGGAUUGCCGCGACCCCGGGGGACUCCUCGCCCUCGUAGAGGAGCUCCGGGAAUUGUACAUUGCAUACCAAAAGAAGCGGGUUGCCGAAGUGGAUGAUGCAAGACUAACGUUUGAAUUGAGCACAGUUCUCUCUAAGGAGGGAAUCGAAGUCUGCAUGGUACCACCCACUGAUAGGCCAGAUGAGGUGAAAUUUGCUGUCCCACUUCUGGACUUGGACUUUGCCAAACUGGUGCCAGGAUGUCCUUGGAGAUUACCUCAAAAGAUCCAUCUACAGGUCAUAUUUCCAAUCUGCAGAAGAGUAACUUCUGUUCCUUCUGCUCCACGACUCAAACUAAUCUCUACAGCAGAUUUAAAGUCACUUUUCUCAGUGGAGGAUGUGAAGCUCCCUCCAUGGUUAAAUGGGAUGUGCUUGGCAGAGUAUCUUCCUUCCUUAGAAGAAAAUCUUAAAAUGCAGAUUGUGGAAGCAUCAGCUUCAAUUGGUUCCAGAAGACGUUUUAUUGAGGCAUUGGCUCCUACUUUCGGGCGACCAUUAGAGGCUGAUCCGACUUUUUGCAGGAGAGCUACAGUUCUUUCUAUUUCAGGGAUUUUCACAUUUCUGGUUCACUUUGCCAUCCCCCUUCAAUUUCCAAAGCAACAACCUGUCCUCACAUUGCAGAGUUGUCAGCACUGUAAAGCCGAUGGGUUACCCAUUAUGUCACCUCCGAUGAAUGGCUAUCCCUGGAGUCCUAGAUGGGAUCCAACUGAAAUGGUGGAACGGAUCUACGACUUCGUGACCGACGAGUGCCAGAAUUUCAAGAAGGUCUGCAGUGAUGCUAUCACUCAGCAGAAGUAGUUGCUGAGGUGAUUUCUGAAGAAGUUAGUUUUCCUUCUCAGCAACAGGUGCCUCUGUGUCCACUUGUGCACUGCAAUCGUUGACUGACCACCGGUGCCCAUCUGCUGCUCUAUCAGGAACAUCUCUGCGCUUCUCUUUGGCAAGUAAGACAUGUACACGAAAGCAAAGCGAAGCAGAACAUCUCUGCGCUUCUCUUUGGCAAGUAAGACGUGUACACUAAAGCAAAGCGAAGCAGAACAUCUCUGCGCUUCUCUUUGGCAAGUAAGACGUGUACACUAAAGCAAAGCGAAGCAGCACUGUUGGUUGAUUCCAAUUUCCAGCCCUGUAGAUCUGUUUAUAGUCAUGGUGAUUGUUUGUGAUGAAUGCAAUCCAGUUUCUUCUUCACCUUGUAGAUGUGGAUGAUGGCUACUGUACAUACUAUGUAAGUAUGCAUCUGACAGUGUCAGUGGAAAGUUGGAAACAUUUUGCUUUUCCGUGCUUA